AAAAUCUGAUAUUAUAAUUAAAAGAUAAGAAUUGUGUUAGUUACCUGAGUUUUUCGGAUACAUCAAAAAUCAUAUCAACAUACACUAUCGCCUAAAAAUUCUUCCGACAUUUUUAUUUGUAAAGUGAAGCAACACUGUUCGAAAGCGACAGUCAUCUUUUGUGCAAAAUUUGACAUUUUGUUGUUCGGUCACAAAUUCACAAAACGCGUCUGAGGUUUUGGUAAUAUCUUAGUUUUAUACUCGUAGUUAUAAUCAACGAAAAACAUCAGUUUUGUUGUUUAUAAUUAAAUCGGUCGUCGACAAACACAAACAAAAAGAAAAUGGAAGUCGACGAAGAUGAUUUCGAGGUACCAACUUCAAGCAGUAAGGGUGAAAAGAAACGUUUCGAUGUUAAAAAAUGGAAUGCUGUCGCUUUGUGGGCAUGGGAUAUUGUCGUAGAUAACUGCGCCAUUUGCCGUAAUCAUAUUAUGGAUUUAUGUAUUGAGUGUCAAGCAAAUCAAGCUUCUGCUACUAGCGAGGAAUGCACUGUGGCAUGGGGUGUUUGUAACCAUGCCUUUCAUUUCCAUUGUAUCUCUCGUUGGUUAAAAACCCGGCAGGUAUGCCCAUUGGACAAUAGAGAAUGGGAGUUCCAGAAAUAUGGCCAUUAAAUGGUAUUCAAAAAUUCUGCGUUAAUGUAGAGUUCCGAAAUUCGUAUUUCAAUUUAGAAAGGAAAACAAAGACGUGCAUAUGAUUUAUAACAUUUUUGCUCUUAAGCUACAGCGUUUUUUAGUAUAUUAUUAUUUAUAAAGAAGUAAUUUGUCAAAUUGAUUGCAAAAUAAAUGGAUUUCUAUAUAUAAAAAA